AAUAGAAGAGCCAGAAAGAUGGCGACCAUGUGUUCGUAAUGCCGGCUUACACUUGAAAAUAUAUAUCGCUUAUUCUGCUAAAACGCAUCGAAUUUAAAUCAUUCAGCGUUGUUUUAAGCUGUUGAUGUGAACGGUGUAUACGGCAAACACAAUGGAGAAAGGCGACAAGAGUAAAACAAAGGAGGAAGCUUCCAGCAGCGGAGGAAGUGGGCAUGGAGUUAAGAGAAAGAAGAUAUACAAUGUGGAGCCCCGUACCCCGUUGAAGCGCCAGCGUAUCCCUGUUGCUAGGUUCCAGUCCCCAGUCUUGGAGGAGGGAGCAGUAAAACCAAAACCUCCAAAGGAAGAAAUCGUCAUCCUGUACAAGAAAGGCAUCUUCUUGGCUGUACGCGGUGCAGAGAAUUCUGUGUACUUGUGCAAGACUCAGCAGAAUGUACACAGCACUACACGCCAGUUCCGCAUCCAGUGGCUCAAUCUGGACCAGCCGCCCAACAUCUACAAGAUGGACUAUAUUGACCACACUGACAUUGAGUGCGUGCUGACCAAUGUCCGAAUGGAGCGUAUUGCUCGUGACACUUUGCGUCUACCCCACUCGGAACAAGAGAGGGCUGAGAAGAUUCUCCAGAGAGCAGUGAAGGCUGAACGUGGGGAGCCUUUUGAGGAGGAGGAAGACAUUGUUCCUGCUGAAGAAGAAGAGAUUAAAGAGGAAGAAGAUUCAGAGGAGGAAGAGGAGGAGGAAGAAGACUGGGAUGAAGAACCAUCUCCUAGGAAGUCUGUUAAAGGGAAGGCAAAAACUCCCAAACAGUCCAGAUCAGGCAUCAAAGUGGCUUUGUCGAAAGGUAAAAAGAGGCAGUCUCAAAGGAAAGAUAAAGAUAAGAAAAAAGGGAAAGGAAAAGAGAAGAGAAAGAAAGAAGAAAAGAAAAAGGAAGCGAAAAAGAAGGGACCUGAUAGAAAGUUGAAGCCAAAUCCAAAAAUCAAAGUGCUUGAAAAAGCUCUUUUCUUCGAGACCAAAGAGAAGAUACCAUUCAUAUCAGUCCCUGUGAAAAGUAGACAGGUGAUCCGUGCUGUGCUGACCAAGGACAUAGACCUGUUGAAGUCUCUGAUUGCCAGUGAGAGUGACGUCUACAGGCUGGAUGUGACUCGUUCCAUUGGCUGUGAAAAGACGGCUGUUGACUAUGCCAUACAGAAAGGCAACAAGGACAUCCUGGAGCUGUUGAUCAGUGACAUCUUUAACCCUGAGAACAAGAGACAUAAACAAGAGAGCCCCUCCUGCCUUCUGAAGGAGUCCGAUGUCGGAAGAUACAACCCAGUGUCUCUCGGUGUGGGGAAUAUCAGGGCGCUCAAUGUCAGCAGAGGAGCUCGCGAGGGCAACGAUGCUUUCCUCAAGGACAUAACAACAGAUGAGAUGUCCAUGGACUACGUGAUUGAAUGUCUUCUCAAGUAUGACGCAGACCCUGCCUUGAUUGACCUUGUCUUAGCUGCCGACCAGGAGGAAGGAAUGGGAGAGGAACAUAUGAACACUCUGCUGGAGAACAUCUAUAGAGCCAUAACGUUGGGCAAUAGGAAGAUUGCUGCUAAGUUGGUGGCAGAUGCAGAGAAACGAGGGGGACUUGGCUUCAAUUACCUUCAUUCAGAGGUGCUCAAUUUUGAAAAAGAGGAUUUACGAAGCAAUAUUCUGUCUGCAUCCGUGAGAAAGAAGCCAUACGGCAAUGAAGGGAUCACGCCCCUGCACUGUGCUGCCAUCAACCCCAAUGUGAAGUACCUGUCUCGUCUGCUGCAAAUAGAGCCCGAUAUCAGCCUCUUUGACAAGCGGAACAGAAGGCCCAUCCACUUCGCUGCAGUCUGUCAGGGGACAGGACCACUGGAUCUAUUGCUGGAGAGAGGCGCCACUAUCAAUGAGGCUGAUAAUGAGGGGAACACAGCACUUCAUUGUGCUUGUCGAGCUGGCCGGGCUAGCAACGUCGACGUCCUGCUGAAGAGGGCUAAAAAUGAUGCCAGUGUGUUGAAUGAUGUUGGGAUGAACAAGUGGGGCAUCGGAGGGGUGAAUCGGCCAAACAGAAACUCAUUCUGCCCCAUACAUAUGGCCAUCCUCAAUGGGCACUCGGAUGUGGUCAAAGUUCUCAUCAAACAUGGUGCUGACCUCAACAAGCAGGUCUCUGCUGGCAAAGAGAAGAAGAGUCCCUUGAUGAUGGCAGCUGAGACUGGCAACCUGGAUGUAGCACGCCUUCUAGUGCAGAAUGGGGCCACAGUGGAACUGUUGGACAAGUUUAAGCGUUCAGCCUUGACCCAUGCAGUUAUAAAUGGAAACAGUCAUGUAGCAUCCUACCUACUAUACCUGGGGGCCGAUCCAAACCGUGCCGAUUCGUCCGGCAACACCCUCGUCCACUAUGCUGCCGCGUAUGGCUGGUACUUCUGUCUCCGGAUGCUCAUCAAUGAUGCUGGUGCUGAUACAGCUGUGCCCAACAGCUGGAAUUGCACUCCUUUGGCCAUAGCUUUCCUGAAGAACAACAUGGGCAUGGUGGAGCUCCUCCUGAACCAGCCUGGGGUGGACAUCAACUUCAAGGAUGAAAGUGGUUUGACCUUGACAAGUAUUGCCGUGCGGAGCAAGAUUACCAGUGCACUAGUCCGCCAGGUGGAGUACUUGGUGAAUGACAAGAAGGCUGAUCCCACCAUCACAGACCUGGAGGGCAGGAAUGCUCUGCAUCACUUAGCUGCCAACAGCAUUAAGGUUUCUCAGAAUUAUUAUAGAGAUGAAGUAAGUGACAGCUCCAUGGAAACAACUGUGAAGAUAGCAGAAUCUCUGAUUAAAGCGGGCUGUGAUCCCUCACAGGCGACCAAUGAUGGCUGGACACCAAUUACACUGGCUAUAGAACAGCUGAACUCGAAGCUGGUGCACUUCCUGGUAGAGAAGGGCGGUUCAGUGUCGCCGGAGAAGAACCCCAACACGCACCAGAACGUCCUCCACAUGAUGGCUGCCCAGUGCAUGUCCACCGACCUGGCUCCACUGGUUGAGAUCCUGGCAGAUCAGAAAGCCCGAUCUGCCCGGAAACCUAAGAAAGUUGAUGCCCCAAUCUCCCAGAAGAAGGAUGAGGCUAUGGAGGUGGAUGAGCAGACGAGAAACAGUGACGGCAAAUCAGCCGAAGUGAACGACGAAAAGACAGCUGAGCUGAAUGGAGAAAAGGUGGAGAAGAAGCCUGCAGAGCAGGUGGAGAAGGUGAAUGGCGAGAUCGAGGAUGAACCUAUGCAGGAGGAGACAGUGGAGGAAAACAUUCUCAAGAAGAUGGCUGUGGCUGUUGACCAAGACGGAAUGACCCCUCUGCUCAGAGCUUGUCAUACCUACAAGGAAUAUGAGAAUGAUGGGAAUUGGUCUCUGGCUCAGCUGGAAAAGAUUUACCAACAGGGACGUGACUUCAUUCGUACAAUGGUGGAUAUGGCCGGAUCGGACAUUAACAAGACUGUUGAGAGGAUGCAUUUUGAUGGGAAGAUGCCAGUGAAAGAAAGAGAUCAGUACUGCGAAGAAGGUAAAUCCUCCCCCCUACACAUGAUGGUCAAGGUCUCGGGGGAACCGGUCGUUGACCGGGGUGGUGUCAAGGUGCAGUUUCCUGGCCUGGAGCUUAUCCUCAAAUACAAACCCAAGCUAGAAGUGAAGAACAUUGAGGACCAAACCCCACUGGCGGCAGCUGUGGAGGCUGGGAAGUCCGAUGUGGUCAGCCUACUGCUGAAGCACGGAGCAGACGCCAACACAUCAUCCAGCAGUGAGGAAGAUGGGCCAGUUUCUCCACUACUCUGUGUUGCCAUGUCGUACAGUCUUUCCAGAGUUACUGGUCAGGAGAAAUUGUUGAAGUUGUUGGUGGAUGCUAAAGCAAAUGUUCAUAUUACACACAAGAAAUCUCAGAAGACACCCUUACAUUUUGUUGUCCAACAGCGAGUUAGUGAAGCAGGUAUGAUGUCCAUGGCCCAGGCUUUAGUGUCAGCGGGAGCCAAUGUGAAUGCUGUUGAUAACCACAAACGAACAGUGUUCCAUCUAGCCAUCAACAGCAACAAUGGCUCCUCCGACACCAGCACAGAUCUGGAGGAGUACCUUCUGGAGAAAGGGGCAGAUGUGUUUGCCAAGGACAUCCGAGAACGACUACCUCUUCACUAUGCUUUUGUCAAGAUUGGAAGGCACACGAAUGGUUCUUCUGUGGAUCCUAUAGAGUUGUGUAGUUUGCUGACGUCAAAAAUGGGCACCCGCGGCGUUGAUGAUGCUGAUGCGUUUGGUCAGACGCCCUUACACUGUGCAUCUGUGCGUGGUGCAACUAUCUGCUGCAUGCAUUUAAUGCAGAGGAAGGCAGAGAUAGGCAAAAAGGACCACACCGGUAACACCCCGUUGUCGUUAGCUGUGAAACAUCGGCAUGAAAGCUGUGCUAUCAUGCUGAUCCAGCGUUGUGAUAGUGUACGAGAUUCUAUUGUUGUUCCUCCGCCCGAGGAGAUAGCUAAGACUGACAACGACAAGAAGAAGCAGCGAUCUGUGAUGACCUGGAGGCCCCUCACUCAGUGGGUGAAGGUCAUCAAACCAGAGAAGGUUGUGUACCCUGUGUUCCAGGGAGCUCUCCGGAGUGAGCUUCAGGGUGUGGCUCACUUGAUACUGGACAUCAACGGCAUUGACUUCUCAGCUGUGGAGGCUGCCUUCACUGAGGCUAAGUACAAUGUGGCACUACGGCUGAUAAAGCGGAUCCCGGAGCCAAGUCGACUUCAGGCAAUCAAUGAAGAAGGCAGGAAUUUGUUCCACAUGCUCAUCUUGAAGACGAAAGGGUCGUCCAAUCUGGAUGCACAGCUCAAGGUAGCGAAGAUGUUGCGUGACAAAGGCGUGCCCGUGGGGCUGCGAGACAAACAUGGCUGUACUCCUCUUCAGUACGCAGCCAUUCAUCACUUGCCAGUACAGAUGGGACAGUUUUUGAUUGAUAAUGACCCUGCCCUGGAUGUGAAGAACAAGGAUGAGUUUGGCAGAGAUGUGAUGUCAGCCUACAUGUGGAACAUCUGUGAUGUCAACACAAAGUGGUUGAAGAUGCUGGUGGAUAAGGGUGCAUCAUUUGAUGUGCGGUUUGACUGCCCGCUGCCCGACUCCCUCCUGCUGGGGUCCUGUUUGUCCAACCGAUAUCCGGACUACUUUACAGACAAGGGGGAUCUGCUGGUGUCGCCCCUAAUCCUGGCGAUACAUUACUUCAAGUUUGGCUUGGUCAGCUUCAUGCUCAACAAUGGUGCAUCACCCAACUUUGACGACAGCACCAGGCGCACACCCCUCAUGCAUGCUGCACGACAAAACGAUGGUGCGAUCGUAAAGUUGUUAAUGAACUUUUCCUACGACCCCAAGGCUCAGCCAGUAGCAGAUAGUUUCAACAUAGAGCCCUCAUUGUUUAGGAGUGCAUCUCGGACUGUGUUCAUGUUACGACCAGAUGGUUCCAUGUCAUUGACACCUGAAGUUGUCGGACAGUUGGGCAACGGAAGUGAGAGUAAGAGCCAGGGUGGUAGUGAGUGUGGCAGUUCUGUGAAACAGAUGGACUUGGAUGAUAAAGAAAUAGAAGCUGAAGAAGAUGAAGAGCCAGAGGAUAUUUUUGAUGAAGAAGAAGAAGUGGCAGAGGACAGUGACCAUGAUACUGAUGUUGUGGAGGAGGAAGACGAAGAGGAAGCUCCUGCCAAGAUUUCAGUCCUCAGCAAGCAGCUGUCACUGAGGAAGCAAGGAAGUAGUCUGGCCAGAAAAGUUAAGAUGGUGGAGAAGACGAGCAGUGUAGAUCUGGACGCUACGGACAACCAGGGCUGGACUGUCAUACACCACCUCGUGUCCCCACUAGAACUCGGCACAUUCGAUCAAGUUGAACUAUUGUGUACUCUAGCUCACACUGGAGCCUUACUUGAUAAGAAGGAUAAUGCAGGGUUGACUCCCCUUCAUUAUGCACUGAUUCGAGGAGCACCAAAUAUUGCAGCACAGUUGCAGAAGUUGUUAAAAUCAGAAAAGGAGGAAAAGGCUACAUUUACAUCAUUUGAAGUCAGUGAUGGAAUCCUCAGUGAUGGGGCCAAAGUUGACUUCCAAGCUGAUUACGCGAAGGUCAUGGACAAACUUACAGCUGAAGCCAUGGAUGAAGAUGACUUGCGGACCCCUGUUGACAGCCAUUGUCUUAAUAGGGAUACCAGCGAGGUGGCUGAGGACACCAAGCAACACAUUCCAUACGAUGUCUUGUUGUCAAAGGUGGAUGUGUCCUACGGUUCUUACGGCAUGUACAACUUCUACAAGAUGCAGUUGGUCUACCAGAAAGGAAAGGAUAUUUAUAUGUUAUUCACAAGAUGGGGCCGUAUCGGAGACGAAGGACAGUUUCAGCACACACCCUUCAGGAAGAAAGAAGAUGGAGUGAAGGAGUUCUGUAAAAUUUUCCGCUCCAAAACUGGCAAUGACUGGAAUAAUGUCAAAACCUAUGUAAACCAUCCGAAGAAGUACCGCCUUGUGCCAAGAGAGCAGAAGUAUACCAAAGUCAAGUCGGUCGACUUUUCAUUGAAUUCUGAAAUUCCCUCCAAACUUCCCCUGCCCAUCCAAGACCUGAUCAAAGAGAUGAGCAACCAGACCAUGUUGCAAAGAUCUGUGUCGAAGGCUGGGGUGGAUACAGAGUAUAUGCCCUUCGGCCGCAUCCAGAGGGAGGCCCUUCUCGAGGCCAGAUCCAUCCUGACUGAGUUGAGUGAGUUGAUACAGACGAUAGAGAAGCAGAGGAGGAAUACAGCGACCAACGACAUGGCUGCCUUUCAGGACAACUGUGACAAGAUAGCAUCUUUGACAAACGACUACUACAAUCUUGUCCCAUCUCCAGGGUUUGAGUAUGAGGCCAUCAAACCAAUUAAUAAGAAGAAAAGGUUGAAGGUGUGUCUUCGUUUCCUCUCGGACAUGUUGGACAUUGAAAUCGCCAGCAGGAUUGUUCUUGGAUCUCAACAACAUUUGAAGGAUAUGAAUCCACUGGACUACAUCUACCGUUCUGUGGGAUGCCAGAUAGAACCAUUGUCUCCUGAUAGUCUUGAGUCACAGUACAUCCUCACAUACGUCAACGCAUCACAUCAAAGCAGUAAGGUACACAGUAUCUACAAAUUGUCUCGGCCGGGCGAGGAGGAACAGCUCCGUGCCCUCAACAUGAGCAACCACAGCCUUCUGUGGCACGGCAGCAGCAUGAGCAACUUCAUCAGCAUCCUCAACAGGGGUCUACUUAUAGCCCCGCCCGAGGCCCCUCACACAGGGCAUCUGUUCGGAGAGGGAAUUUAUUUUGCUGAUGCAUUUGCCAAGAGUCACGGCUACAGCUACAAUUACAACCCUGAAUCAGAUGUCAAUCUGAUGCUGCUUUGUCAGGUUGCCCUUGGCACGUCGAAGGUGGAUGUAGAUCAAGAUGAUGAUGAUCAUCUUGACACAGCUGUCAACUCCAUCAAGAUUCGUGGUCAGCGAGAACCUGCACCAGAUUAUGACGUUGCCAUGCCUUUUGGUACCAACAUGCCCUUGGGCAGAGCCACCAAUGUGGAGUCUGAGCCUCGACCGUAUAUGCCAUACAAUGAAUACAUCGUCCAUGACGCAUCCCAGGUCUGUCUGCGUUAUAUGAUCAUGUUCAGCAACUGAAAUGGACGUCCUUAAGUCAUAACAUCCUCCUUGUGUGGACGUAAUGGCAGCAUUACUUCAUCCUCAUCAUCGCAACAUCGCCGACCACAUGACGCUGUUGAUAGAGGCUUUACUCAUCUUCCCUGCAUCCACCAAUAUUCACUGUGCUGGUUGCACACUAAAUGACGUAUCAGCGGAUUUCAUCUGUGCGGACUCUAUUCUCAUAGUCCAUGAUGUUUUUGUGUACAUACAUUGAUUGUCAUUACUGCACACAGAACUAGUCGAUAUCGGAACUAGUUUUCUGAAGACAAUAUUUGCAAACAUCAUGCCCAUUUGUGUGUUUUUUUUCAUGUUAGUCACUGAAGAUCCAAGGAAAAAUAUAUGUGUUGAAAACAUGUUUCAAUCAAUUCGUAAAAUACUCUCAAAGGAGAUACAGAUUAAUUAAAAUCGCCUUAAAAGCUACAACUUAUGUCUGUGUUAGAGAUGUAUUUAUCAUGAACUCGGAAAUGCAGGUAGACUUGUCAUAACAGAAUGACUUCGUUGGAUGUAAAAGUUAUAUCGUAGAUCUUGUUUCGAAGCUCUUAAAAAUAUUAUCUGGAGAUUUAUCAUUUCUUGUGUAUGAGAAAAAAAAUCCAUUCCUGAAUGUCUUAAAAAAACUUCAAAUGGUCAUGUAUAUUUCCACAUGAAACUGUUUGUGUUCAAGCUUUAGUGUAAAUGCAUCAAUAUAGUGUAUAGUGAAGCAGAUAUCAAAUGUUUCGUCUCACUGUACAAUUUGACUCAGUAAUAGUGUGUAUGUACCAUGUUACCCUGUGAAUUCGAUGUUUUAACUGUCUAGAUUUUCACUAUAUAUAAUGUACAUGUAUAUUGCAUCAGUGUAGUCCUAUCUGUAUUUUGAAUGUCAACCAGGUCAGCAUGACCCCGGUGAGAUGAGAACCAGUUCACAAGUCGUUUGUAAUAAUAUGAAACUUAAUUAUGUCAACAGGUGUAAUAUGUUACGAUAUCGGAUGUUUCCCGUGCUUAAGUCUAUACCAUGCGCGAUUUAUGGUGAAUAAAGCAUUGACUUGGCUGCUUCCCUAAAAUAAUGUCUCAAAACCAUAAGUCAAAGUGAAAGCUUUUUGUUUUGGGGGUUAGUUUGGAAUGACAUUCCCGGGUAGAGAUACUACUAGGUAGACAUUCCAAAAGGUUCUUGAUGGUUCUCAUGAUAUGCUGUGGGUGAAAAUCAUGCUGAAAAUUACGAAUUUAGGAAAACUGAACUUUCUUCUGAUGUCAGCUGCUUCAAAAUGACGGUUGUUUGAAAAAGGUACAUGCAAAUGAAAUGAGUAUUUUUGAUUGA